AUGAUCCAGCGAGACAUUUUCGGCGAAGGCACACUUUACCAGUCCCGCUGGGCACCAAAGCAUCUACGAGUAUCCGCAUCGGCCGCACACUCCAGCAACAACGGCGCACCAACAGGAACCUCACGGAGUUCAAGCCCCCGCAAGGACGAUCUCCACAAGAUCCAACGUCUGAUAUCCCGCCUCUCAUGGAAGUCGGAUUUACUACUCGCCUCUCAAGCACGUGCACUCUCCGAUGAUGCUACAGCAGUCAAAGACGCCGCCGACUCGCACACCUCCCCGAUAACUAUGUUCAAGCUCGACUUCUUCGAGUACUACGUCCUGCUCGAACGGAUCCUUGUCCUACUCCUUGCAUUCUUCAACGUGCGCAUCUCACGUGACCAGCAUGGCGCAGAGACAGAGAAGAAAGAUGGAGCACCGCAGACGCAGCCGCUGUACUGGGGCCACCGCUUCCACGCGAACGUGCUCGAGGCGUUCGAGAAGCCGUCGAGCCCGCUGCAUGAGUGCUUGGGCAAGGGACAGGUGAUGGCGUAUCUCGCGAUGGCGAAGGCGUCGCGGAAUCGAUGGAAGGAUGCUGAUGAGCAGCAUCCGACACUGCUGGAGGAGGAGAGCAAUGUCUUUGGGCCGCAAUUGGAGGAGAUCUUGAGGUCGAUCUUGGAGGCGCUGAAGCAGUCAUGGCAGCUGGCGGAAAGCAAGACAGCAGAGGCUGCGCCACGGGUGAAUGGGAAGGCGGCUGCGGCGUCGCUCACGCAUGAUGAGGCUUUUGACAUGGAGUUGGAUAACGCGCCUUGGGAGACGGUAGGGGAUGCUAUGGAUUGGGAUGAGAUAUGA